GCAUCAAACCUGUUAGAGUUUCAACUUCAGGUGGGCUGUGUGAGGAACAAGGAGCCACUACAGCUGCACUUCGAUUUAUUGGGGCAAUAAGUCAGAGGGAGGUUUUAAAAUUCAGCUCAGACAGCAGCCAGCGUCACUGCAGCAGGAAUCAGUUGAGAUGAGGUGUGGUGUCGUUGUCCUGACUCUUCUGCUGCUCUGCAGUCGAACUCUGCAGUCUGAACAGCCGUUUUACAACUCCCAGCUGCAGGAAGAUCAAGAAAAUCCCAUCAAACAAUGGCUUGACCCUUCACUUGAAAAUGUAGCCCCCUCUCAGGAACUCUCUAUUCCUCCAAAAAUCAGAGAGAUGCCUGCUACAGAAUUGACUUCUCACUCCUUCCCCAUGUUUAGUGAACACGUCAACCUCAACUGGGUCAUGUGGAACGGUUCCCUUCCAGACGGUGCUGUCGCCAUCUUCAACGGUUACGCUGAACGCACUGACUAUGUGUGCAAAGUAAACUGUGAGGCUGGUUUCUACACCCCUUCUAAAGGGAGCUUCUGCCAGUACCCCUAUGCUGAAAAGGAAUAUGCAUCCACCAAGUUUGAAGUGCUGGUGAAUGUAGACCAUUUUGAGUUCCUAAUGUGGGUUGAAGACUCCUAUGGAUCCGUUCCACAGUAUGCAAUCAAAACCUGUCCCAGCUCAGACAUCUACGUGGGCAAAAACAAGUACGGACUUGGCAAAGUGGUGACUCGACACAAAGCCUUCUUCCUUCCCUGGGAGGGUGAUGAGUACUGGUAUAAGAAGUACCAGGUCCUAGCCAUCAAUAGAGACACCUACAGCCAGCACAUCUCUCACGUGGAGUAUGCCAUUGAUCAGAUGGAGCUAUUCCACUAUCCUCCAGAAGCCCUGAAGCUCACUAAGGUCACCAAUCUGGAGUGCCAAAAUGUGGAGAAGACUGUGAUGCUGGAGAAGACCACCACAGUGGAGAAGUCUUGGGACAUUGGCAGGGAGACCCGAAAUGGAUCUGUGUCUACCAUGAAAGCUAAAUUACCCAUCCUUGGUCCAGGGAACGUGGACUUCACCAAGGAGCAUACCGUGACCUUCUCAGAGGGGACUACCAUGGUAGAGUCAAUCAGUCACUCAGUGUCUGUGGAACUGGUGGUCCCACCAAACCACUCCUGCAGCGUGAGGAUGGACGGCAGGAAGAUGACAGCAGACAUCCCGUUCACAGGCAGGCUGAGCAGGACCAACAAUAACGGAGAAACCCACUGGACCUACAUCACUGGCACCUACGAUGGUGUGAGUGUUGGGGAGGUCAAUGCUGUGGUAGAGAGGUGUCAGCCUGUGCUGGAUGCUCCUUCCUGUCCUCCAACACAGUGAUCAGCUCAUUGAAUUUGUUUAAGGUUGAACUCCGUGAAAUAAAAUCCAACAAAAAAAAAGUA